CCUACUAGUUGAAUUAGUAUUGGAAUUUUCCCAGUCGAGAACUAGAUUGGCAGUACAUACUAACGGACUGCCUACAAUAAUCACACGCAUGUUUGCAGUGAAUACACGGCCACUAGUAGUUCAAAGGAUACCUUGUUUGGAAUUUUGAAAACAGACACAAGUACUAUGGCGGUAAGUGUUACCAAGCAGUGCCUGACGGAAUUGUAGUAGAGGGUGUUUGCAACUUCCAACUAUGAAACAGUUGUAUCUUCAAGCAGGUUGUGAUCCCUUCAAGGAGCGGGUUACGGGUCUAAACAGCUCAACUUCAAACUCCCUUCUCUCCUACAUCAUUCGAGGAUGUUCACUCAUCAACGAUACGUCAUUUCCGGUGUAUGUUGACAUUGUUGAGAGUGAACGCAACAAAACCAGCGAAGAAACAGAUUCCGGCGCAGUGUUAUAUAUUGUUGCUGUUUUGGUGUUUUAUUCUGCCGGAAUAAUUGUGAUGAUUAUUAAGUAUUUAAGACGUGAGCAGAGAGAAUUGGAGGAGGAACGUAUCUUAGAAGACUUCUUUCGAAGUAUGCCAGCAUAUAAAAAAGAACGUGAGCAAAACAAUGUUAAUCGCGUGGCAAUACACGCAUUUCAUGCGCUGACGUCAUUUUCUUACGACGAAGGUGAAGAUGACGUGUACAGCUCAGACGGGGAGGAAGAGUUGCCACCGUGUGCGGAAACAAUUGAAGAGGAGGAGGGUGAACAUCACGAAUCUCGUGAAUUCUCACAGUUUCCAAUGUCGUUAAAUAAAUCCCUCGAGGAUUUAGAUAUUGCCUAUUCACGAGGCUCAGACGCCCAGUUGACAGAUUUAGUAGACACGACAAACAGUUCGUCGGAACUAUCUGGUUCUAAUUUGGAGAAAGAGACACAUCUUUGACAAGUGUUUGCAAUUAUCGUUUCAGAUUCUCUGAAGAUUAUGGUUUCGUUCUUUAUUCACAAAGGAAGUGUACAGUGUUGUUAUGGUAUUUAGUAUAGGGUAUCAACUGAGAUCAACUAUACACCUUCUGACAUCGAAUUGUAUUGUAAUUAUUUUAUAGUUAAACAAAAGAAAAUGACUCUUUUGCGGAAGCUGGCAGUAUUUGUAUCAAACUGUAUCAUUCCAUUUGAGUCCCGCAAUAAACCUAAAUCAUUAUUGACAAUCCGAAGCAAAACUUGCCUUACACUAAAGUAUGGACUAUUGUCGGUGCCUUUCUAAAUAUUUGUUGUGGACCUAUGUAAAUAUAACAAGUAAUCGGAAUUGAUUUAAUACUUAUUAAGUGUUUAAGCUUUAAUCACAGUGAUUUUCAUUCAUUUACUUAAGGACGUUUUUUUUCGAAAAUAGUUGAAGUUUCGUAUUUGGCUUAGUGUCGUUGGAAAGCUGACCUGGUCCAUAACUCCAUUCAUUAUUUUUGAAUGACACUUGAUAAACAAGUUGUCAGUAAAAUACGGACAUGUAUAUUAGUUCCCAACAACACUACAACACUUACAACAGACAAGCUACGCGUGUGUUAUUUUAUAAAUGAUAAUAAUUAUUUGUGCAGUUAAAAGAAAAAGAAAUAAUGCAUUUGUCUUGCUAACAAUCCUUUACAAAUUAUAGGUCGCUUUAUGUUAUUUUGUUAUCAAUUGUUUUCAUUAACAUUGAUAAGUAAAUGUUUCAAAAUUCCGAAACGAUAAA